UUUAGGCUAACUGCCUGGGUGACUGUUAUUCUUGUCAUUAUGACAGCUGUCAAAAUGGCUAUGGCUGAUACAAGAGAUACAGUGUAUAUAUCAUCUCUUAUAACGCAAGGGGCGAGAACUCCCCUUUUCACAGCUGAUCCUGAAUACCAGGUAACUGGAGUUAGCUUUGAUCAAGGCCCAGGGAAAAUUACUGUUACAGGGGAGAGAAGUCUUGCCUCUCGAGGGGCUCAGGCUAAGAACGAUUAUGGGAAUGGCAAGUUCUUUGAGACAAAUUAUAUCCCUGACGAUAUUUUUGUCAGGACUAUUAAUGACCAAAAAUCAAUAAUUAGUGCAUACUCUUAUCUGUUAGGCUGAUAUCCUGAUUCUGUUAACGGAUUAUCACUUGAAUCAGAUAUUGAAGAAAUCAAAUCUGUUCCAGUGACAAAUUACGAUGUUGAUAAUGUCAGGCCUAAUCUUAACCUUGGAAAUCCCCGUGGUGAGACUGCUCAAGCAAGGAUCCACCCUGGAAACCCAGAUGCUUUGUUCCUAACUCAACUAGGAAGAACUUAUCCAGGACAGAAAGAAAAGAUUGAUCAGCAAUUGUUUGAAGCAAAGAGGGAAUAUGAGCAAACUCAUGGGACAAGGUUCUAUGAGAACUUUGCUCGAGCCAUUCAUAAGCCAGUCGGUAAUAUGAACUUCUACUCAAUCCACAAGUAUGCAGAUGAUGUAAUCGCAGCAGAAGCUAACGGUGAAUUCUCAGCAGUCAACCUUUCUGAUGACUUACAUAAUCAGUUGGAUGUUUAUUUUGGGCAUUAUUUUGGAAAUGGACUGUUCAGAGAUUAUGCAUUAACCAGAGCUUUCUCUCAUACCUACCUCUCCAGCAUGGUUCAUGAGCUACAGCUGAAGAUGCAGGAUGACCAGACAGGGGAAUUUAGAGGAGAUCUGGCUCAUAAUGCGAAACAAUCUGUGUAUUUAGGCAACCAUCUUACCUUGAUUUCGGCACUGCAUCUAUUCAAUGAAGUUGAGAGCUACAGAGUUGAUUUUAACGAUGAGCUGAGAUUCCAGUUAUUUCAAAAAGACGGCCGAUAUUUAGUCAGAAGUUUACUCAAUGAUAAACCUCUUAGGCUCGAAGGAGUAGCCAAUUCACAAGGAGAGAUUGAAUGGUCAGCUUUCAGAGACUACAUCUGCUCAAAAUUAUACUUUGGAAAUGUUGACAGUGUGAGGGAUGGUACUGAAAACCCUCAAGAAUUCAUGCACCUAAAGGAAUCUUGUGAUAGCUUUAUAUCCAAAGGUUACUACAGAAAUGAUAAAGUACUUUUGGAGCUAACUGAGGCUCCUGAAUAUCUUCCUGAUGAGCCAACUUCUGUUCCAAGAGAGCAGGUCAUUCAGCAUCAAGCAUCCGGGAACUCGAUUCUCACUAAUAAUUUUGAUGAUGGAGUCAGAAGACAAUCAGUUGACAUUAACGUUGGACUUACUAAUCAGAGGGUAGAUUAUGCUUGGAAUAAACCAAUCAAGUUCAGACAGACACAAUGGGAAGAAAUAUCCUUCCCAAUGAAGGAAGAGUUCUCCUUUGGAACUUUGACCAAACAAGAAGUGGGUUUAAACCAAUACAGAAAAGUUAAGAUAGCAAAAACUGUUAACGAAGAGAUUACUCUACCAGAGAGACAUACCUUCAACUUUGGGUCUGAACUACUCAAGACAAGGGAAGUUCUGUUCAAUAGUGUAAACUUCUUAAGACUACCAGAAAUUAACGAGCAUAAGCUAUUUUUGGCUGAUAGGCACAAGUUCAGCCUCGACAAAAAUCCUAGGCUGAGCACUAAAAGGUUGAGCUUUAACUAUGUAAGGAAGUUGCAGAUUCCUCAGACAACGAAAUCCCCAUUUGCUCUCCCACAAAGACAUGUGUUUGAUUAUUCAGAUCUUACUGGUAGCAAUAAGGAGGUGCACUUUGAUCAUAUUAAAAAGAUCAAAGUGAAGCAAGCUGAGACUUAUAAUAUAAAUUUAAAGAAUUUUAACUUUGAUAGGUUGGACAAAAUCAAAGCACAACAUGGAAGACAUUCAGCUGUGAUAGAAACCCAAGCAGGGAGCGACCCACUUAUGAAAAUUAGCACGACUGGGCAGAGGGAUGAAGCACAUAAGGUAAAUCUUGGAGGAAAUAUCCAUAAGAAGCCAGAUUAUGUAGCUCCGAUAAGAAUCAAGCAAGAAUAUGAUCCUUAUACAAUUUCUUUUACUGAAAUUGGGCCUGUGAAAUCUUAUCAUAGAGAACUCGAAGAGACUGAGUUUAUCUCUGAGUACCCUCACGAUUCUUCUAAAUCAGGCAGGAAUUAUCCCUCGUACAGCUCAUCAUCAGUUGGUCCUUUUAGAGAUAGAGAGUCUUCUCAGGACUUUGAUUGGGGGUUCUAGCAUUAAUUAAUAGUUUCAAUUUUUGUAAAAA